AUGGACAAAAUGGAGUACUCUGACAGUAGUAUGGGCUGCAAUAAAAUAUUCUCUAGUACUUCAAAUGUGAACAGUCAAGAGCGAACUCACACAGGAGAACUCCCAUACAAGUUCCCUACCUGUAAUAAGACUUUAGAUAAAGCGCACAGUCUCCAUGUGCAUGCGCCAAUUCAUACAGGGAAACGUCCAUACAAGUGCACCACCUGUAACAAAGCUUUCUCUGAUACCUCAUCUCUCCACGUGCAUGGGCGAAUUCACACAGGGGAACGUCCAUACAAGUGCACCACCUGUAACAAGGCUUUCUCUCGUACCUCAUCUCUCCACGUGCAUGAGCGAAUUCACACAGGGGAACGUCCAUACAAGUGCACCACCUGUAACAAAGCUUUCUCUGAUACCUCAUCUCUCCACAGGCAUGAGCGAAUUCACGCAGGGGAACGUCCAUACAAGUGCACCACCUGUAACAAGGCUUUCUCUCAAACCUCACAUCUCCACAUGCAUGAGCGAAUUCACGCAGGGGAACGUCCAUACAAGUGCACCACCUGUAACAAGGCUUUCUCUCAAACCUCACAUCUCCACGUGCAUGAGCGAAUUCACGCAGGGGAACGUCCAUACAAGUGCACCACCUGUAACAAGGCUUUCUCUCAAACCUCACAUCUCCACGUGCAUGAGCGAAUUCACGCAGGGGAACGUCCAUACAAGUGCACCACCUGUAACAAAGCUUUCUCUCGUACCUCAUCUCUCCACAGGCAUGAGCGAAUUCACGCAGGGGAACGUCCAUACAAGUGCACCACCUGUAACAAGGCUUUCUCUCAAACCUCACAUCUCCACGUGCAUGAGCGAAUUCACGCAGGGGAACGUUCAUACAAGUGCAUCACCUGA